CAGCUAUUAUUGACAGAUGCUGUGUAUUGUUGAUGAUGCUUCACCAUUGCAGAUGUAUCUCGUUUGCAAAUACCCCAAACUGAAUUGUAAAUAUGAAUGCUUUCGUUUCCAGGUGCAGUCUGCGACUGGUGGGCUCCGACGCUUCGUACAAGCUCAGCUCUCACGAAAUGGAUGCUUUGAAUGCUGUAAAAGCGACCGCGCCAAAAAUGGACCGCAACGGCUACUUCUUCUACGUUACAUCUACGGCGAAGAAGAAAAAGAUAAGCCUGAUGCAACCAAAACCACCCCGUAUUGCUUUCGUCGACGAAAAGCGACGUCCCGGCUACGUUGAGAGGGUCCAAACGCAUGGCAGUGUCGCACCGACCGCGACGGAGUACGAACGUGUUGAAUUUAUGUCGCAGCGGCUGCCAUCGCCCGCGCCACGCGCGCGUUUGUACACGCAACUGGAAAGUUAUCAGCCGAGAUACCAUACGAUACGUGACAGUGAUAAGAAAGUGGACAGUGAGUGCAGGAGGAGGAAGAGGGAGCAGAGGAUCAACCCGCCGGCCUUGAGGACCUCGACGAAAUGCACCGGCGGUUCUCCCCAUCGGGAGAGAAGGCGACGAGAUGACGACGCGUCGAGCGGGUUCAGCGCGGCCCUGCACAGAGCACCGCCUCCACCUCCGCCCGCUCUGCUGCGGAGACUGGGAGUCAAAGAGCCCACUGGAGUUGGAAAGGUCAAAGUAAUGUUACGAGUUGGAGCACCAGGCGAGGGUCCUUUCACGAGUGGAAACCAGACCUUCUCGCUGGACAAACGCAAGAAGCAAGUGAGCCUGUGCGAGAACGCGCCGGCCACGGCCUCAGCGCCCGAGGACAGGAAGGUCGGCGUGGCCGCACCAAAAAUGUUCGCCUUCGACGCUAUAUUCUCACAAGAUGAUUCACAGACGGAGAUCUGCUCAAGCGCGCUCACUGACGUCAUCCAUGCAGUCAUCAAUGGGACAGACGGUUGCCUCUUCUGUUUUGGACACGCAGGCCUUGGUAAAUCCUACACAAUGCUGGGGCGACCGGACUCAACGACGUCUUUAGGGGCCAUCCCAUGUGCCAUCACGUGGCUCUUCCGUGGCAUAGCGGAGCAGCGACACAAGUGUGGCACUCGCUUCUCAGUGAGGGUCUCCGCUGUGGAGCUCUGCACCAACACCAACCAAAUCAGAGAUCUACUGGCGCCGUAUCAAAAUGACACAGAACAAUCACCUGGAGUAUAUCUCCGAGAUGACCCACUCUUCGGCACUCAUCUGCAGAACCAGUCAGAACUUCGCGUGCACAGUGCUGAGAAGGCGGCUUUUUACCUAGAUGCUGCGUUAUCUACCAGAGGAACAAGAGAAGAAGGAAAGGACAGUCAUUUACUAUACACAUUACAUGUGUAUCAGUACAGCGUCGGUGGUAAAGGAGCAGUUGCUGGAGGUCGAAGCCGUUUACACCUAAUUGACCUUGGAAACUCUGAAAGAGGAAAAACCAAUGGAGGAAUACCAUUAUCAGGAUUAGGCAAUAUUCUGCUUGCAAUAUUCAAUGGACAGAGGCAUCUACCUUACAGAGAUCAUAAUCUUACUCAUGUCUUAAAAGAAUGCCUUGGUUCUCUCACUUGUCACACUGCCAUGAUAGUGCACGUGUCUCCAAAUGUCCAAAAUUACUCUGAUACUCUAACAACUCUUCAAUUAGCCUCGAGAAUACAUAGGUUACGCCGACGAAAAGUUAAAUAUUCUGCAAAUAAUAACGCCGGUUCUGGAGGUAGUUCUGGUGAAGAUGCUUCGAAGCCAAGCAGUAGUGAACCUGACCCAUCAAGUAGUGAUUUAUCUGCAGAUACUGUCAUAUACGUUGGUCCAAUGGAUGAUGCGACUGAUGGAGAACAUCCACCAGUUUACAUACCCCACAUAAACUCUGGUGAUAAUAGAUGUGUUUUAAGUAAAGCAUUAAGAGGAUCAGUGGCAGAACAGAAACAUAAAUCGUCUCUGUCUAAAGUAGUUGAAGAAAAAAGCCCAGUUCACAAAUUACAUUCAUCGCCUAAAUCGUCUCCUUUAAAAACUUCAAUACAGCCGACAAAUCAAACCCCAAAAAGUUCUCCUGUUCAUUCAGUGACAUCGAAAUCUACGCCUAUAAAGAAACCUUGUCCAAAACAAUUCCAAGAAGAUACAAAAAGUAAUAGCGAUGAACAAUGGAUCGAUGGACCCCGCAUAUCAAAAUCAAAGCUGGUUGAAGCUAGGCAUAUUAUAAAAGAAACACAAAGUAAAAAACGGGAAACGUGGAUUGAUGGUCCGAUGCAAGAAAGUAAAUUAGCACAUCAGUUUGAAUCUGCGCCUGUUCUACCGAAUUCUGUGCCCCUUCAAAUAGGUAUACUUGGGGCGCACGGUAGUGAAAAUGUCGGGUACGGAUACAUGGAUAAUCACAAAAAGAAUAUGAUAAGAAAAUGGGUAGAGAAUCAAACUUCGCAAAUACAUAAAUCAAGACAUAGUUCACCAAGUCACAAAAUACAAUCUGGUCAUAAAGAUCCUGGAGUUAGGACACAUGACGAUGUGGAAACACCUCACAGAAUGGAACUUUUAGUAAGAGAUGCAAGACGAGUUCAUGUAGAAGAAUCUACUAUAAGAACUGGUUUAAAAUCUGGUUCCAAAGGUAUGACAAUUGAAGAAGAAAAUGUAGGACCACCUGAUAUUUCUAAAAAAUGUAGUAGUUCAAAACAAUCAUCUAAAAAUGAAGUUGAUGAAGAUGAUGAUAGUGAAGAAUUAGCUGAAAUUCCUCCUGCUCUUCCUCUUAUACAACCUAGUAGUUUAAGUAGUAGAGAAGUAUCAAUGGAGAGCUUAGAUAAUAAGUAUAAAGAACGAAUGAGAAUGGAUGAUGAAAUAGUUUCUAAUCGUAGCAGAGAAAUUGAUCAUCGUGGUAUAAGUAAAGGUCACGUUGAUGAUGAAGACGAAAUUUUAGAAAUUAUUGAAGUCGAAGAACCUUUGGAACCAGUACCAAUGCAAGAUUGCUGUCUACAAGUGACUGAAGAAGACAUCGCUUUUUGCAUGGGUUUAUCUGAAAAUCCUCUCCCUGAAGUAGACCAAGAAGAUUCUGAAGAUCAUCCGCUUAGAAUUUUGAGCCAAGAAAAUCUAACUGUAGCGUCUACGUUUACCGAUACAUUGUCUUUAUACAGUGAAGUUGAACGUCAAAUAAGAAAAGAAGCUAUCCUUAGACAAACAUUUGGGUAUUAUGCAGAAAAUUAUACUUGUGGCCAUCCUCUUAUUGAUUUAAAUCCUCACGAGAGCUUACCUUCGUCAAGAUCUAGGAUUGAUGAAAUCUUAGGCUUAACGGAAUUAUACGGUUCUCGGCAUUUGCUACAUGAUAAUGACGUAGUUGUUUCAAGAAUUAAUCCUCACUUUCAAUCCUUGUCCCUUUCAAAUGUUCGAGACACAGAGGAGUAUCAUGGUGAUGGUUCUGUGUAUAGCGAGCCUGCAUAUAGACCGAGUGAUAAAAUAUGUGAUAGUUGUAAACGGACUAUAUCUAGGCCAGGUAGUGCAGUAGGAGAUUGUGCAUAUCAAGACUUAGAAACAGCCAAUAAUGAUUCUUACGGCCCUUUUGAGAGAUAUCGAGGGAACGACAUAUCAGAUGCUCGUCUAGCAUCGCUAAGACAUCCAGACGGGGCAUCUGAUCCUAACCUACGUGAAGAAAGAAGAGUACCAGGUAAUGGCGCACCUUCAGUAGAUACAUUUAGAGAAUUAAAAUCCAACUUACAUCUUGAAGUAUCACCUCCUGUAGUUACAUCUGAACCACGUAUGGAUAAGAACGAAAAAGGAGAUAAAAGUGUCGCAAGAGUAGUUGCUAGUUCCAAACCCGAUGGCUAUGAUAGCGGUCAUGAGUCGACACCAAGAACAGGUAAACAUAGUCCGGCAGCAACAUCGAGACGGGCGGAAUCUGGAUACGACUCAGUACCAAGAGAUUCUGAUGCAUCUUCAUUAGAUUCGUAUCCUACAAGGCGUGCAGCUGUAGCGCGAGCUCACGCGAAAAAGCACACAACAGCUAAAUACAAGCAACACAGUGAUCGCUCCUUCUGUUCUUGGCUUCGAAAUCCUUUCACCUGUAAAUACGCUGAUACAGACCCAGAAAUUAGUGACUUUUAACGUGAAGAGAUUGUAAAAUAUAAUAAUCACAUAAUAUUAAAUCCUUAAUAUCAUAAGCUACGUUACCGAAUUUAAUCUGGAGACUGCUUUUGUACUCUAGAUGUACUCGUAUUUUAAGCUUGGCACUAAUCCGAUGAGGUUACCACUGUAUUUUUCUAAAUCUGAAGCUUCUAUGCUCUAAAAAGUAUAAGAUAAACUUAGCGAAAGUUAGAUAGUUGUAACACUGUUGUAAAUACAGACGUAUAAUGCAACGAAUGCCAUACCGUUAGAGUUAGUACUUCCGCUCAUUUUGUACUUUUAUACUAUCAUCAUCGACUGUCUUUACUUUAAUAAAAGGAUGUUAGAUUUCCAUUGUUGAUAUAGCUUUUGUACGAUUUUCAAAAGCAAUUAAAAGUCUUCCUCGGUCUUCCCCGUCUACUACUUCGCCAUAUCCUGGAAUAUACACUAUAUUUUCAUAUCCACUUCAUUGAUAACGUCUAUUUGGAUUAUUUAUUUCUUAUCUUCAAAAUUAAUAAAUUCAUUAAAAGUUUCAACUAUGUAGUAUUGUGAAUUGAAAAGCAUGCUCUUUACUUAUGACACUUCUCAGAAGAUAUGGAUUAAAAAUAUUUGAUUUAAGAAUUAAAGAAACACUCUCAUGGUGACACUCUAAAUAUUGGAAUUAGAUAUAAAAAAAUAUAAUUUGUUUCAACAACUAUAGAUCUAAGACUGUUGUCUGGUUGGCCAUGUCAUAGCUUUAAUAUUUUGAUAUUGUGAAUUUCCAUCGGUAUGUCCGUCUGUACAUUUGUAUUUGAAUAAUUAACACUUGAUUGCAAUCAUUAUGGCUUUAUGGAAUGUUACUGAUGAAGUUAUCGCUUUAUAUUGUCAAUGUUUUGUUAUUGUAAGAAUACUAUUAUAAAUAUAUAUCCUAAAUUCUACUAUGCGUUUGUAUUAGUUCACAUAAAAUUGUUCAAUUUCAAAAUGUGUUUUAUUGAUUGUAA